AUGACAUUACUCAUCAUGCUACUUUUAACAGUUUAUGCCUAUUCCAAACUUCAAGAUGAAAUAAGUAUCACCAACACUGUACCACAAAAACAAUUUUCAUAUGAACAUAGAGGAGAUGACAUAAAAAUAAAAGUAGAAACAAAAGAUGAACUGUCAGAUAAGAUCUUUAUGCUGCAAGACAAAAUUAGACAGCUGGAGAGGCUUGACAGAAAACCAUUUCCAGAAGUCCAGUUCCUAUCGUACACAAAUCGCAAAAGAAUUCUGGUAACGGGAGGUGCAGGGUUUGUUGGCUCGCACCUUGUUGAUCAGCUGAUGUUGCAAGGUCACGAGGUCACUGUCGCUGAUAACUUUUUCACUGGUCGACGAAGAAAUGUCGAACAUUGGAUUGGACACGAGAAUUUUGAACUACUCAAUCAUGAUAUCAUCAAUCCAUUGCAUAUAGAAGUGGAUGAGAUCUACCACUUAGCAUCACCAGCUUCUCCGCCCAACUACAUGUACAACCCUAUUAAAACCAUCAAGACAAAUACCUUGGGUACCAUUAAUAUGCUUGGUCUUGCAAAACGAGUGAAAGCCAAGUUGUUGCUCGCAUCUACAUCUGAAGUUUAUGGAGACCCAGAAGUGCACCCACAACCGGAAACGUAUUGGGGUCACGUGAACCCCAUAGGUCCCAGGGCCUGCUACGACGAGGGCAAGAGGGUUGCUGAGACAAUGUGCUAUGCAUAUCAUAAACAGGGUGGAGUAGACAUACGUGUGGCAAGGAUCUUCAACACAUUCGGUCCCCGCAUGCACAUGAAUGAUGGCAGAGUCGUCAGCAACUUCAUACUACAGGCACUUCAGAAUCAACCAAUCACCGUAUACGGGGACGGUAGCCAGACGCGUUCAUUCCAGUACGUUAGUGACCUGGUCGAUGGAUUGAUGGCUCUCAUGGCAAGCAACUACACGCAGCCCGUCAAUCUGGGAAACCCGGAUGAAUACACCAUCAAUCAAAGGAAACCUGAUAUUUCUGUUGCCAUGAAGAUUCUUAAAUGGAAGCCAAAAGUGCCGAUGAUAGCUGGCCUAAACAAGACGAUUGAAUACUUCAAAAGUGAGCUGAGCGUUCGACAUCACAGUCAAAGAAAUAUCUGGGAACCUGAAAAACAUUCCGCAUAAUUUAUUAUCUUUGGAUGUUUUAUGUUAAUUUAUAUAUCUCUUUCUUUUUUUCUUUUGCUCUCUCUUCUCUUUCUUUUUUACUCUCUCUCUCUCUCUCUCUCUCUCUUUCUUCCUCUUUCUCUUUUAAAUCAUUCUAAUCUUUCAAAGAGGUCAUAAAACCAACUAAAUUUCUUUCUUCCUCUUUCUUUAGUCCAAUUUUUUUGUUAUAAUAUAUGAUAUAUCUGGUUCUCUAGUUAGUCAUUUUAUUGAAUUGCUAUUUUAUGACUUAUUUAUUAAUUUAUUCAAUCAAUCAUUUACUUGCUUAGUUAGUUAGUUAAUUAACUUAAUUUGUAAAAUGUUGACUGGUUUCUAGUUUUUUUUUAUUUUGGUUAAAUAAUUUGUGGUAUUUCUUGAUUUACUUUGCAUAAAUUCAUGUAUGAAUAAUUUCUGUUUGGUAUGUUGAUUUAGUUAUUAUGAUAGGCUGUGAACUGUUUUUACUAAAUGUUCAUGUUACGUGAAUCAUCCUCCAAGAACUACUGAGGAGUGUUAUAUUAAUUUGUUUAAAAUCUGAAUUUUUUUAAAAAUUGACUUUUUU